AUGUCGAACUACAUAAUAUCCUUUCUUACCCUUUUGAAAUGGGGUCUUGAUUUCUUGAUCGACCAUUUGUUUUUCCACCACCGUAUGCUCCAUCUGCAGGAAGCCUGUGAUGGGCUCGGAAGGAAGUGGUGGCGAAAGCCUGCAAAUGAUGAAGAGGUGGAAUGUGCAGUUUGCCUGAGCAAGAUCGAGGAUGAUGAUGAAACUAGAGAGUUGAGAUGUGAUCAUUUGUUUCACAAGAACUGCUUAGAUAGUUGGCUUGCACAUAGGCAUACAACAUGCCCAUUGUGCCGUGAUAAUUUGGUGGUGCCGCUGCCGCUGCCGCUGCCGCUGCCGCCUAAGAUUAACCCCUAUUGUCAAAUUCAAAACUGGGUUGUUGUUUUAUGA